AUGGCGUUGGGGCUGCAGCGCGUGAGGUCGAGUACAGAGCUGCGGAAGGAGAAGUCGCGGGACGCGGCGCGCAGCCGGCGCAGCCAGGAGACCGAGGUGCUGUACCAGCUGGCGCACACGCUGCCGUUCGCGCGCGGCGUCAGCGCGCACCUGGACAAGGCCUCCAUCAUGCGCCUCACCAUCAGCUACCUGCGCAUGCACCGCCUCUGCGCCGCAGGGGAGUGGAACCAGGUGGGAACUGAGGGAGAGCCACUGGACGCCUGCUACCUGAAGGCCCUCGAGGGUUUCGUCAUGGUGCUCACCGCCGAGGGAGACAUGGCUUACCUGUCGGAAAAUGUCAGCAAGCACCUGGGCCUCAGUCAGCUGGAGCUCAUUGGACACAGUAUCUUUGAUUUCAUCCAUCCCUGCGACCAAGAGGAACUCCAGGAUGCCUUGACCCCCAGACCAAGCCUGUCCAAGAAGAAGCUGGAAGCCCCUACCGAGCGACACUUUUCCUUGCGCAUGAAGAGCACACUUACCAGCAGGGGGCGCACGCUCAACCUCAAAGCUGCCACCUGGAAGGUGCUGCACUGCUCAGGACAUAUGAGGGCCUACAAGCCCCCUGCACAGACGUCCCCUGCCGGGAGCCCUCGCCCCGAGCCUCCCCUGCAAUGCCUGGUGCUGAUCUGUGAAGCCAUCCCCCACCCCGCCAGUCUGGAGCCCCCCCUGGGCCGAGGGGCCUUUCUCAGUCGCCACAGCCUGGACAUGAAGUUCACUUAUUGCGAUGAGAGGAUCGCAGAAGUUGCUGGCUACAGUCCCGAUGACCUGAUUGGCUGCUCUGCCUACGAAUAUAUCCACGCGUUGGACUCUGAUGCAGUCAGCAGGAGCAUCCACACUUUGCUGAGCAAGGGCCAGGCAGUAACGGGGCAGUAUCGCUUCCUGGCCCGGACCGGAGGCUAUCUGUGGACUCAGACUCAGGCUACAGUGGUGUCAGGGGGACGGGGCCCCCAAUCUGAAAGUAUCAUCUGCGUCCACUUCCUGAUCAGCCGGGUAGAAGAGACGGGAGUGGUGCUGUCCCUGGAGCAGACAGAGCAACAUACCCGCAGACCUCCACAGCGGGGUGCCUCCUCGCAGAAGGGUAUCCCUGGCAACGCUCUAGACCCUCCUGCUCCCCGGAUCCUGGCCUUCCUGCACCCUCCGGCCCUGAGUGAGGCCUCCCUGGCUGCUGACCCUCGCCGUUUCUGUAGUCCAGACCUGCGCCGCCUCAUGGCACCCAUCCUGGAUGGACCUCCCAUAGUCGCCACCCCUAGCACCCCACAAACUGCACGGAGACCCCAAAGUCCUCUUCCGGCUGAUCUCCCAGAUCAGUUGCUUGUGGGCUUGGAAAAAGCACACAGACUCUCUACUGCCCAGAAAAACAAGACUGUGGAGACAGAUCUAGAUACUGCUCAGGACCCUGACACUCUGGACUUGGAGAUGCUGGCUCCCUAUAUCUCCAUGGAUGAUGACUUCCAGCUCAACUCCAGCGAGCAAUUGCCCAGAGCCCACCGCAGACCUCCUGGAGUGGCCCGCAGGCCUCGCGCUCGGAGUUUCCAUGGCCUGUCGCCCCCCAGCCCUGAGCCCUCCCUGCUGCCCCGAUGGGGGAGUGACCCGCGACUGAACUGUUCCAGCCCCUCCAGGGGGGAGCCCUCCUCAGCCUCCCUGAUGCCUGCAACUCGGAAGAGGGCCUUGGCCCAGAGCUCAGAGGACAAAGGGGUGGAGCUGCUGGAAACCAAGCCUCCCAAGCGGUCCCCCAGACUAGAACCUGGAAACUUCCUGCUACCUCCUCUCAGCCUGAGUUUCCUUCUGCAAGGUCGACAACUCCCAGGGAACCAGUUGGAUCCCCUACUCCUGGAUUCCCGUGAGCCCUUGGGCCCAGCACCCUCGCCGCUCUCUCUCUACCAGCAUGAGGAAGCUGUGCAGCCCAGGAACCACUUCCCAGCAGCAGCAGGCUUGGCCCAGGCCCGCUAA